AUGCACUGCGCCUGUUUGUAACGAAUUUCGGUUCGACUGCUGGGUUUAGGCGCCAUUUUCGAUUGAGACAGGAGCGCUGCCGGUCUCACCGGAGAACAGACAGGAAUGACAUUUUAAUCUCUUUUUAAAUAUCUAUAAGCCUUUUAAAGUUUUACUGGACGCGGGUUACAUUAAAACUUUCUAGGAAUCUCGGGGUAACAAACGGGACAACAACACAAAGGAAUAAUUGUGUUUCCUGACACCAAGGAAAAGGUCUAAAUCAUGCCAUCAAAAACGACCAAGAGCUCCAAUACCGCGAAGCCGAGGGGGAAAGGGGCGCAGCCUCGAGAUGACUCCGACGAUGAUUUGGAUUUACCCCCAGCAGAAACUAACUUAAAUGACCAAGGAGCAGCACCGACAAAUGAUGCCGCUCCCGCAGAGCUCGAUAACCGAAGUUUGGAGGAGAUUCUUGGUAGCAUCCCUCCACCCCCGCCCCCAGCGAUGACCAAUGAACCGGGCGCUCCUCGCCUCAUGAUAACGCACAUUGUUAACCAGAACUUUAAGUCGUACGCGGGCGAACAGACUCUGGGGCCGUUUCACAAGAGAUUUUCCUGUAUCAUUGGUCCAAACGGCAGCGGGAAGUCCAAUGUGAUAGAUUCUAUGCUGUUUGUGUUCGGAUAUAGGGCACAAAAGAUCAGAUCCAAAAAGCUCUCGGUGCUUAUCCACAGCUCUGACCAACACAAAGACAUCCAGAGCUGCACUGUGGAAGUGCACUUUCAGAAAAUCAUUGACAAGGAAGGAGAUGACUACGAAGUUAUCCCUAACAGCAAGUUCUGUGUGUCGAGGACUGCUGGUAGAGAUAAUUCCUCAUCUUACCACAUCAAUGGCAAGAAGGCCACCUUCAGAGAGGUUGGAGCUUUGCUGCGUAGCCAUGGCAUAGACUUGGACCACAACAGGUUUUUGAUUUUGCAGGGAGAAGUAGAGCAGAUUGCCAUGAUGAAGCCCUAGGGGCAGUCGGAGCACAACGAGGGCAUGCUGGAGUACCUGGAGGACAUCAUUGGCUCCUGCCGCCUCAAGAAUCCCAUUCAGAUGCUGUGCCGGCGUGUGGAGCUGCUGAACGAGCAGAGGGGCGAGAAGCUGAACCGGGUGAAAUUGGUGGAGAAGGAGAAGACUGCACUGGAGGGAGAGAAGAACAAGGCAGUGGAGUUUCUCACUCUGGAGAAUGAGACCUUCAGGAAACGUAACGUCCUCUGUCAGUGUUACAUACAUGACCUUCAGAGAAAGCUAGCGGAAAAAGAAGCAGAGAAGCAGAAGAUUCAAGAUGACACCAAGGAACUUAUGGAGGACAACAACAGGCUGUCAGAGGAAAUGAAAGUGAAAAACCAGGAUUUGAAAAACGUUGAAAAGAAACUGGGAAAGCUGACCAAGUUUAUUGAAAGCCAGAAGGAGAAGUUCACUCAGCUUGACUUGCAGGAUGUGGAGGUGCGUGAGAAGCUGAAGCACUCCAAGAGUAAGAGCAAAAAGCUGCAGAAGCAGCUUCAGAAGGACAAGGAGAAGCUGGAAGAAGUGAGAAACAUCCCCGCAGACAGUGAAAAGACCAUCACCGAGGCUACAGCCAAGAAAGAAGAGCAGGAGAAGCUGAAGGUGGUGGAGGAGGAGAAGCUGAAGCUUGUGAUGGAGAGCUUGAAAGAGGAGACCUCUGGCCUGCAGCAGGACAAGGAGACAAAGGAGAAAGACCUGAUGGAACUAAGUAAGGCGGUGAACGAGACUCGCUCGCGCAUGGACGUGGCUCAGUCUGAGAUGGAUAUCUACCUGAGCCGCCAUAACGCAGCCCUGACACAACUCAACAAGGCCAAGGAGACUCUGCAGUCCACAACAGAGAUGCUCAGGGAGAGGAAGGCUGCCAUUAAGGACCUGGGGGUCAAGAUACCCAAGUGUGAGCAGGAGCUGAAGAAGGACGAACAGGAACUCGAGCAGAUCACACAGGCAGACGAGCAGGCCCAGCAGACUGUGAGAGACAUGCGACAGAAAGUGGAGGAAGCCAAAAGCUCCCUGUCCUCCAACCGCAGUCGAGGAAAGGUGCUCGAUGCUUUGAUGCAGCAGAAACACAAUGGCAAGAUCCCUGGCAUCCUGGGCCGACUGGGAGACCUAGGAGCAAUCGAUGAGAAGUAUGAUGUUGCCAUCUCCUCAAGCUGUGGCGCGCUAGACAACAUCUUGGUGGACACAAUUGACACGGCACAGAAGUGCGUCAACUUCCUGAAGUCCCAGAACAUUGGGGUUGCCACUUUCAUUGGGUUAGAUAAGAUGAAAGUGUGGGAGAAAAACAUGGGGCAGAUAGCCACUCCGGAGAACGUGCCACGGCUCUUUGACAUGGUCAAGGUGAAAGACGAGGUCGUGCGGCCGGCCUUCUACUUCGCUCUCCGGGAUACGCUGGUGGCCGACAACCUUGAACAGGCCACCCGCCUGGCCUUCCAGAAGGACAAGCGCUGGAGAGUAGUGACCCUACGGGGCCAGAUCAUCGAGCAGGCAGGCACAAUGACUGGUGGGGGUGGGCGUGUAAUGAGGGGCAGAAUGGGCACUUCAGUAGGAGUGGAGGUCACACAGGAGGAGCUGGACAGAAUGGAGAGUAAGCUGAAAGAGCAGGUGGUGCAAAUGCAAGGCCGUCAGGAGAGAAAGUUACAGCUGGAGGAGAAGGUGCAGAGGCUCAGGCAGGAGCUCCGCGAGAUGAAGAACACUCUGGAGAAGUUUACGGCCAGCAUUCAGAGCCUGUCGGAGCAGGAAGUUCACCUCAAGUCGCAGAUGAAGGAGCUGGAGGCUAAUGUUGUGGCUGCUGCUCCUGACAAGAACAAGCAGAAACAGAUGGAGAAGAGCCUGGAAGCCUUCAAGAAAGAAUAUGACACUGCAGCAAGCAAAGCUGGCAAAGUGGAGGCAGAGGUUAAGCGACUGCACAACCUCAUCGUGGACAUCAACAGCCACAAGCUGAAGGCUCAGCAGGACAAGUUAGACAAGAUCAACAAGGAGCUUGACGAAUGCUGCUCUGCGAUCACCAAGGCUCAAGUGGCCAUCAAGACAGCAGACAGGAAUCUGAAUAAGUCUGAGGCUGCGGUGGCUCGCUCAGAAAGGGAGAUGGCAGAAAAUGAGAAGGCCAUGGGGGAUCUGAUGGAGCACCUGAAGAAGCUGGAGGAGCAGGCUGCAGAGAUCAUGAAGGAGUGCCAGCAGGCAGAGGAGGCGCUGCCAGAAGUACAGGAGCAGCACCGUGGUGUACUGCAGGAGAUCAAGGCCAUCCAGGAGCAAGAGCACACGCUGCAGAAAGAGCUGCUCAACGUGCGGCUCAAGGUGGAGCAGAUUGAAGCGGCCAUUUCCGAGCAUCAGAGCAAGAUCAAGCACUGGCAAAGAGAGAUCUCAAAGCUCUCCCUCCACACCAUUGACGACAAGCCAGCAGAGGAGCUGCAGUCGCUCUCCCCUGAGGACCUGGCAGCCCAGAGCCCCGAUGUGCUCAACAAAGAAAUCGCCCUUCUGGAGGCACAGUCUGCCCAGAUGAAGCCCAACCUGGGCGCCAUCGCCGAGUACAAGAAAAAGGAGGAGCUCUACUUGCAGCGUGUGGCAGAGCUGGAUGAGAUUACCACAGAACGGGACAAUUUCAAGCGUGCAUGUGAGGACCUGCGCAAGCAGCGGCUGAACGAGUUCAUGGCCGGCUUCAACAUCAUCACAAACAAGUUGAAGGAGAACUACCAGAUGCUGACGCUAGGGGGCGACGCAGAGCUGGAGCUUGUGGAUAGCCUGGAUCCCUUUUCUGAGGGAAUCAUGUUCAGUGUUCGACCCCCAAAGAAAAGCUGGAAGAAGAUCUUUAACCUUUCCGGCGGAGAGAAGACACUGAGCUCCUUGGCUCUGGUUUUUGCCCUCCACCACUUCAAACCCACACCCCUCUAUUUUAUGGAUGAGAUUGAUGCUGCGCUUGAUUUUAAGAAUGUGUCCAUUGUGGCUUUUUAUAUCUAUGAACAAACCAAGAAUGCCCAGUUCAUCAUCAUCUCUCUGCGGAACAACAUGUUUGAGAUCGCUGAUCGGCUGAUCGGCAUCUACAAGACUCACAACACCACCAAGAGUGUGGGUAUUAACCCGAAAACCAUCGCGUCCAAGGAGCUGCCCGAGGUGGCCACCGCCUAAACGCCCUCAGCCUGAGCACUUUUUAAUCAUUUUUGGGAUCAUUUUCCCCAAACUUCUAAAGAUUCUUGAGGCAUUUGUAUAUCUUAAUUUUAUAAUAAAGCUGCUGUUUUUUUUUUUUUUUAAAUUUCAUA